UUUUAUUUUUAUAGUUUCUAUUUUUGUCAUCUCUAUUCCAUUCCUAACAAAUACCAUAUAAGUCUAAUCUUUUUUAACAGUAUACGAUCCAAACUUCACUAUAUAUAUCUCUGUCCCUGCAAGAGUUUGAGUCACAAAUUUUCCACUCUUCCUCACCGAUUGCUAGAAUGGAAUUUCGAUGCUCAGUCAUCUCUUUUACCAUUCUCUUCUCUCUUGCUCUUGCAGGAGAGAGCCAUGUCCAUGCAUCGCUACCUGAGGAAGAUUAUUGGGAAGCUGUUUGGCCAAACACUCCCAUUCCCACUGCACUGCGAGAGCUUCUAAAGCCUCUCCCUGCAGGUGUUGAAAUCGAUGAACUCCCUAAGCAAAUUGAUGAUACACAGUACCCAAAAACAUUCUUCUAUAAAGAAGACCUUCAUCCAGGCAAAACAAUGAAAGUACAAUUCACCAAGCGUCCCUAUGCACAACCUUAUGGUGUAUAUACAUGGUUAACGGAUAUUAAAGACACCUCUAAAGAAGGAUAUAGUUUUGAAGAGAUAUGCAUCAAGAAAGAAGCGUUUGAGGGAGAAGAGAAGUUUUGUGCAAAAUCCUUGGGAACAGUAAUUGGUUUUGCCAUUUCAAAGCUGGGAAAGAACAUUCAAGUACUUUCAAGUUCCUUUGUCAAUAAGCAAGACCAAUACACUGUGGAAGGAGUGCAGAAUCUUGGAGACAAAGCAGUGAUGUGUCAUGGGCUAAAUUUCAGAACUGCAGUAUUUUACUGCCAUAAAGUCCGUGAAACAACAGCUUUCAUGGUUCCAUUGGUGGCUGGUGAUGGAACCAAAACUCAGGCACUUGCUGUUUGCCACUCAGAUACUUCUGGAAUGAAUCACCACAUGCUUCAUGAACUCAUGGGAGUUGAUCCUGGAACUAACCCUGUUUGCCAUUUCCUUGGAAGCAAGGCCAUUUUAUGGGUACCCAAUUUAUCUAUGGACACUGCCUAUCAGACUAACGUUGUUGUUUAAUUAGUCCAUGCAUCUGCAUCUUGGGCACCAUAAGAUUGUAUAUAAAAUAAAUUAUGGUGUGUUGUGUAUGUUGUGCAAGACCUGGAACUUCACCUUUCUACGUACGUGUGCUGUUAGGAUGCAGUGUGCUUUGAUGAUGCUUUGAUGAAUAUGAAGUGUGCUUUUUUAAGUCUAUUAUUUUCUUUUA